UUGUAGUGCAUUCCAAUCUUAUUUAUUAUAAAAUUAAUAUUUUUGUGAUUUAAAGUGUAAAAUUUUCAAUAAAUAAUUUCAAAAAAAAUUCAUAUCCAAACAUUCAAUUCAAUUAUUCAAUCAAGUCAAAUAAUUUCCAAAUAUCAUGAAGAGUGAAAUCUCAAAUUGAAAUGUCUUCGUUAUUGCCAAGAUAAAUCCUGAUUUUAAUGGAUAUGAGGAUUCAAAGGAACAAGAUUAAAUCAAGACAACAUAGAACAAGAGAUCGCGAUGAUCAGAAUGCCUGCUAUCUUCAUCAACCCGAUUCAUGGAAACUGGACGUAACGUAUAAAAUGAAAACUUUAAUUCGCGUACAAAUUCAUUCGGCGCGGGUAUAAUAAGCGGGCGCAUGCGCGUUGGGUGUUUCGGUGGUGUUCGCGAGGGUUCGUGAUCAGUCGGCGGCGCCGCGUCGCGGGGUGGGGAUACGUCGGUCGAAGGGAUAGAUAGCGUAGUCGCGGUCCGAUGGACGAGCCGCGUGGAGGGACGAGAGAGGGUGCGGAGUCCGCGUGUCGUUGACAGCAGCGGCGGCUAGCAAGCCUCGCUUAAGCGUCGCUCGACAGUCGAAGCCGGUCUCUCGGCGUGCGAGUAUCGAGAGUAUCGCGAAAGGAUUCGUUCGAGUUCCGUUUUCACCCGGCGACGCGAGCUUGUCACCUGUCAACCUUCGCGAAAGAAAGUUCGAAGUCGACCGAGACUUAACCUCUGCGUUUAAAUCGAGUUUUCCUUAUCGCGUGUGUCGCGCUAACGAACCAUCGAGUUCUCGAUCCCUCGUUGUGCGUUCGUUCGUGUCGUGCCUGUUCGCCAACCACGUUUCCGCUCGCGUGUGUCCAGUGUGCAGAAGUGUAUGGAUGCCACGGCGGAAGCAACGCUGUCGAGAUUGCGAGGACGUUCCUCCUGGCCGGUUAAUUCUUAGAAUUCCAAAGUGAAGCUUUGUGGGAGAAAAGAAUUACGUUUGAACGUUGGAAUAGAUUCGGCGGUGAAACGAGCCACCGAGGCGUGAGUGUCUACGCGAGUAACAGUUUUCCGGCUCGGUUCCUAAAACUUUCACGGUUAUUCGCCUGGGCCCGACAACUUCGUGAGAGAUUGUCUUCUCGUAUAUAGAGAACGAAAGCUGAUGAGCAGCGAACGGAAGUCGAUCGUCUCGUCGGAUCGGAAGCUGUGAACCUAGAACGUUCUCACGAUUCACCAAGGAUAUAAUAAUUAGUGCUCACUUGGGAAGACAAUAAUUUCCAUUUGAACAAGAAUCAAUCGAUCAAGUUUCCGUGUAAUCUUCGAUGAACAGACUCGGUGAAACGAUGCGGUGAUACCCGAGGAACCCCGCCUCAACACCCGUACAUAUCAAUUCAUAUCUCUGCCCGAUAAACAUCGCCAAACAUCAAUCGACCAAUCAAACGAAGCAUAUCGAAACGCAAUGAAGACUCAACGAUGAUCGAAUCGCGGCCAAGGCAUAUCAGGCGUCGAUCAAGCGUGAUCGGCCAGACUGUUCAACCCACUCUAUCCUAACCAGAGACCUGUCCAUAAACCUUGCACCACACCGGUCGACGACACCAAUUGAAUCAACCUUGGUCCAACCGCCUCUCCUCCCCCUCUCCAUCACCACGUCCCAUAUCACCACGCCCAAUCAGAAAUCAACGGAGAGAAGCAAAUAGAAGGAAGGAUGUUGCUGAGGUAACGCGGCCUCUCGAGCCGGGGUUAAGAAUCGAUCGUUAAAUCGAACCGUGCUCGAACAACGAAGGGGAUACCAGGUGGCGGAUUGCAUAGUGGAUUCGCAUAGGGCGAGAUCCAGAGUGAAGGAUGGGUUUCCCCAGGAGGAGAUCCCUGUGGUUGAAGGUGGCCAUCCUGGCCACCGCGGUUUGGGCGACCGUGUGCUUCCUCUUGUACACGGAGGACCGUGCCAACGCGGCUGUUCAAGGGUUGGCGCCGUCAGGCGUCGCGGCGCCCCAAAUGGCCAACGGUUUCGUGCCCGCAGCCGCGCCUCUCAGAAAAGAGACGCCGUUUAACGCGCAACCGAAGCCAAAGGUGAUUCAAGCUGGACCCGAGCAAGGUGCUGGUGUGCUUGUUGCUCCCCGUGAACCAGAUGCAAGCGCACCUGGCGAGAUGGGAAGGCCAGUGAUUCUGCCAACGAAUUUGACUGCCGAAACUAAAAAACUUGUCGACGAUGGAUGGCUAAACAACGCGUUCAAUCAGUACGUUAGCGAUCUGAUUUCUGUUCAUAGAACACUGCCCGACCCUCGUGAUCCAUGGUGUAAAGAACCAGGAAGGUACCUGACAGAUCUUCCUCCAACAGCGGUGAUAAUUUGCUUUCAUAACGAAGCCUGGUCGGUGUUGCUGAGGACGGUCCAUUCCGUGCUGGACAGAUCACCGGACCACCUUAUACAGGAGAUCAUCCUGGUCGAUGAUUUCUCCGACAUGCCGCAUCUCCAGCGUCAAUUGGAGGACUACAUGAUGAACUACCCGAAAGUGCAGAUUAUUAGGGCGCAAAAACGGGAAGGUCUUAUCAGAGCUCGUUUACUGGGCGCUGCAGCCGCGAAGGCCCCUGUCCUCACAUAUUUGGACAGCCAUUGCGAGUGCACCGAGGGUUGGCUCGAGCCCCUUCUCGAUCGGAUCGCUCGUAAUCCAACGACAGUCGUUUGCCCCGUGAUCGAUGUGAUCGACGAUACAACGCUGGAAUAUCAUUGGAGAGAUUCCGGCGGUGUGAACGUGGGUGGAUUCGAUUGGAAUCUGCAGUUCAAUUGGCACGCUGUUCCGGAGAGGGAGAAGAAAAGGCACAAGAAUCCAGCGGAGCCUGUGUGGUCACCAACGAUGGCUGGAGGCCUUUUCUCGAUAGAUCGAGCUUUCUUUGAACGUCUCGGCACGUACGACAGCGGGUUUGAUAUUUGGGGUGGCGAAAAUCUCGAGCUCUCCUUCAAAACGUGGAUGUGCGGAGGCACCCUGGAAAUCGUGCCCUGCUCACACGUGGGACACAUCUUCCGGAAACGGUCGCCGUACAAGUGGCGGAGCGGCGUGAACGUGCUCAAGAGGAACAGCAUAAGAUUGAGCGAGGUGUGGCUGGACGAGUAUGCCAAGUACUACUACCAGAGGAUAGGUCACGACAAGGGCAAAUACGGGGACGUAUCGGAGAGAAAGGCGCUGAGGAAGAGGCUCGGCUGCAAAUCGUUCAAGUGGUACCUGGACAACGUCUAUCCGGAGCUGUUCAUACCUGGCGAGGCGGUGGCUUCCGGCGAGGUAAGGAUUCACCCCCUCCUUCCUCCUGUCUUCGUCUUUAUUUUCUUUUCCAGGAGAUCGAGGCGAUCGGGAUCAACGGGAAUGGAGGCGUUCGUUCCUUCAACCUCUUCGGUACGUGCCUCGACUAUACGAACACGUGUGUACGCCACGUGUACUCGUAUUGUCGAAUCGAGUAUGGCCGAUCGUUUGGUAUAUAUGGCUGACAUAUUUAUUUUGCGUACGUCGAUUAUAGCGUGUGAUCGAUAUACAUUGCGGAUUGGGUACUAAGUUUGGAUUUGUAGUUUGUGGUGCUUAUGCGGUCAAGGAUUGAUGGUUUGAUUAUUGACUAUAGUCGGUGGCAUUUAUUUGGAAAUCCUGGAAAAAGGAUUGAUCACGUCAAUGAUAAUAAAUAAAUCUAAUAAUUGGUUAGCGUGGUUUCUAGAAUUCGAUGUAAAUUAUAGUAAAAAAAAAAAGGAUUAUUCAUGUGUACAGAGUUUGGUAUCAAACAAUUGAUGAAACGAUUACAAUCUGUGUAUUUAUUCGUAUAAUAGAUUUGACAUCGGGUAUAGUCAACAACCGCCAUAUUUGUUUCUACGCUCGAGUGUAGAUUUUAGUCGACGCAAAUGUCGCAUGAAUUAAUAUCAUCGAGCAUCACUUAUAAUCGACAGCUUAUGAUUGUCAAUAAUCGAUGAUUUCGAAAUAUCGUUCGUGUACCAUAUUGUUCUUGCUCGUUGUAUAACAUUCCAUAACGAACGAUGGCCAUACCGAAGAGGUUAGUACAGGAAUUACGAUUGUCAUUUUGAUAUACACGAGGAUGUCAAGAUACUUGGAGGCUCCACUAUUUUCGUGGAAAGAAUAGUCAAAAGAUGAAUGGACAGGGAAAGAAAGCUCCCUUUUCAUCCUUCCUCUAAGACCUUUCCACGUUUUCUUUUCCGAGAGACACGAAGACACGAUUUUUAGACGUACGAACAUCCUUUUGCUUGGGAGAGACAUAUAUAAGUGUCGAGUGUUGCGAGAUUGUUCUUUCAAAAUCCUUUCAAAUAUUUGUCAUUCGAAAUUUCUUGUAAGAAUUUAUUUUUUGAAUAUUUGAAAUUAUCAUAGUAAUCUAGGAAUAUUUUCGCGCGAAAGAGAGGUUAUGUAACAUUUUUAAGACAAUAUUUCUCUAAAGGAUUUUUCAAUUUAAUAGUAAACUUCUCCAUCAAAUUCAUCAUCAAUUUACGAAAAUAAUAUUUAUUUUCAUUAAAUUAAUCAAAAUAUAUCUUACAAUCCUUAAAAAGAUACACAUAUAUGUUUCCAUUCCUUGUCUAUCUCCAUGACAAAAAAUAUACAAUAUACAAUAAAAAUUUAGAAAACCCAAAACAAUAUCUCUACGCUUUGACUAAUCGAAAAAAAUCUUGAUUCAAUUAAAAAAACCGCACAUAUCAUUUUUUUCGUGAUAUCUGCAUAACAUGGAAGAACACGACACGAAAUUACUUAUAUUUCUCAUUAGUCUCGCGUGAUACGGAAAUAUGGGCUGGCUGUGUCCACCCAGAUAGGCAAAGUUCGAUUGUCGGUGGCAAUGAUUGAUGUCGACGAGGUUGCGACAUGGAAAACAAUGCGCGCGAUCGAGAAACAAUGCGGGCGGUGGUCGGAGGCAAUCUCAAUCGGGUCGCGCGGCCGACAUCCGAUCGGAAAUCGAUUCGUCUCGAUCGGCUUGUUGAAUUCUUGGCUCGCGGGCGGGCGAAAAUCGGCAGCCGCCGGAUACGAAACGCGGGCAAACGGCGAAAUCGAACUCGUCGCUCCGGGCGAAGACGUUUCAAACGGGGCUUAAAGGGGAUUCCCCCGUAUUGCCAACCGAUUUCCCAUUUCCGAUUUCGCAAUUAAAGUCUCCUUUGACGGCUUAUAACUCGCGGCUGUUUUUCCUUCUCUGCCGCGUUCUCCCGCGUUUAUGCUCCCCUUUUAAUUGAUAAACGGUGUUGCGGAUAUUAUUACAUUCGCGUGGAUUGCUUUCCCUUUUCGUUUGUUACGUGAACGAUAUGCAUUCCGUUUGACGAUUCGAUCGGAUCGAUGAAUCUUCCCGUUUCAAAAUCAGCAAAAUCUGUUUUCUAAUCUUAUUUAAGUUAUGUUGCAGAAUAAUUUGUAUAAUAUAUUUAUGAAACUUGUCAACGAGUAAAAAUGUAUUUAAAAUUUGUCUAUGGUUUGAAAAAACAUUGUAUCAUUAUCAAUAGUGUAAGAAAAUUAACAAGGCGCAUAUGUACACACGUAUAGACGAGAUAUUCGAUAAAUAAUAAUAACAAGGUAUCCGAUCGGACGUAUCGAAUUCUCUGCAAAGCGUAGUAUCAAUUUCAUUAAUAUCCACUUCGGUUGCACAUUACACCAACGAACGAUAUCCUAAAACGAAACAGAGGGGCGGAAGGAGGGAGGAAGGAAAUUCGUACGUACGAUAAAUAUCAACAAUGGAAAAUCGAUGGAUCUCGUCGUGAGGGAUGGAAAUCACGGAAAUCACGAUGUGCACGAUCCGUGAUUUCGUUCUCCCCCGAUUGACAGUGCAUUAAUUUCGUGCGCAGGGAGGAGGGGAUGGAAGAGGAGAAGGAGAGGAAGAGGGAGAGGCGAUCAAUCACGUCUCGAUUUAUUUCCGUCGUGUUGCGAGGCCCGUCUCCUGGCCCUCUGUUUCCCUUCGCAUUCGUAAUUGCGAAAUGAUUGUCGGGCUUGUCGCCGAUAAUCUCGUGGCACGCUUCUCCUACGGGUCAUUACGGUUCUCUCGACUCGCGCGCCACCCCACCGCCAUUUGAUCGAUGCGUUUCCACCCCGCAACCUCCUCCUGUCGAACCGCGAGUGGAUCUCGCGGAUCUCGUCAUUCCCUGGAUUGGUGACCCCGAUACGAUGCGUCAUGUUUCGAGAGAGUGGAGAGAUAUGAGACAGCUUCUUUCGCUCGAACGAAUCGAGAAAAAGUUGUAGUUUUCGGCGAUUGGGAAGAAAGGACACAAAUCGUUGAAAGGCGAGAUCUUCGCUGAAACGUUGUUAUUCAUUUGCAUGUAGGGUUUCUUUGGGGGCAACUUUUUUUGUGAAAACGCGUGUGGAAGACGUAUGAGAAGGGGUUCUUUUUUUUUUUUUUUUUAAGAAGAAAGCUUGAGAAAAUUAUUAAUAAAAUUCAUAGCGCUGAUUAAUAAUUUAUCCACGUGAUUAUAAUAUGUAUGUAUUAUGUAGAUGAUAUGUGUUUUUGCAUUUUUCUAAUUACUUUUAAUAGCAUUAGCUUAGGAAAAGAUGGGGAAAGUUUGCACGUAGAGUUAGGACGCGGGGAAUUCGGUUAAUAACGAUUAUUAUCGGAUUAAUCUGCAUAAAUUUCGCAAACUCACACGGUACUUUGCGCUUAAGAGUAAAAUAGCAAGGUAAAAUAGAGUUGAUAUAUGAUUAUCCAUUUGCAACGAUGAUAAUAUAAUGUAAUAAUGAUAAUACUCGUUUUGUUUAAUCUCGGUUGCUAUGGCUGCUGCAUUUGUGCAGAAAUAAAAACAGAGAGCAGUGAACCGAAUAUAGGAGUCACUUUCGAAUUAAUUUUAAAAGAGGAUUGAUUGAAUUUUUAAUUUUUGAAUAUUUAGAUCGAGUAAAAAUAUUUUUAGAUCUGAUUUUUAGAUCACAGAAAGAUGAGGGAAUUAUUCCUUUACGAAUUUUAGAAAUUCGAUUUCAAAUUUUUUUUUAUAUUCUCACCAAAUUAUAUUCUCGAAAGAAAUGAGAAACGAGAAUUAAUUAUUCCUUUGAAUCAUCAAACUAAUCUCAACUACAUCAUGCGUAAAUAUUGAUCGAUGAAAAGUCAUCUCUCAUAAUCCUUCGCGAAACUUCUAUUCCUUCUCUAUGUGUAGGUUCUUGAAUUCGCUGGAGUAUCACAUCUUACAGCGUAUUAAAUACCUUCCACUAUUUCCACGUGAAUCACAUUGUCACGCAACUUGGAUAUUGCUUUGCUUUGUUCCUUGUUUUCCUUCAAGUUCUCGAUUUUAUCGUGAACGAAAAGGAAACUUUUAAGUCAGAAAUUUUCCUGAAACGAACAAUUUCAAAUAAUUAUUUUCGGCUUAAGUAAGUAGGAACUGGUUAGUCACACGACGUUUCAAUUUUAGCGAGUGAAUCGUGCGUCCAGACUCGUGAAACUUAAAAACUCAUUUUGAAAGUGAACGCGGAAAAUGAAACGGGUCUGAAAUAAUGUUUUCCUGGAAGUUGAAGGCUGUUCAGAAGUUUCUCGAGUCAAGGCUUUGUGCCCUCGUUUCGUGAUAUCAAACUUCUACGCCUUCAGGAUUCGUAAAUGCAUCUUUAUAUCUUAUCAUUAGGGAUACAAUAUUUUGACGCGCGAAUAUUUCAAAAAUUUAAAAUUUUUCCACGUAACGAAAAUUUUCCAUUAUCUUCAAAAUAUUUUCAAAAAUUCAAUCAGAGGAAUUUUUCAUUUAAAGAAAAAUCUGCAACGAUUUUAUCAUAUCGUGCCUCCACGAUAUUGUUUCAUCGCUUAUGAUCGAUCAUCACGUUCCUCGAGAAAAGAUAGCUUAAUCUUUCAUAAUUUGCAAGAGCUUCCUCACAAAAACCGACAAGGCAAAAGUACAUCGUUCCCUUCGUGUCACGUUUCCACUCAAAUAUGAUCGAGUGGAAAUUAAUUUUUAAAACAGAAUCUUUAAACCUCUUCCCCACGCCAAGAUAUUCCAUUUUCCUUUUGUUUCCCCUUCGACCAAGAAUAUUCUCAUAGAAAGAUGAAAAAUACUUCUUGAACGAUUUUAUAUCAAUGAAACGACGAUUAAAAGUUCUCUCGUUCGACCGAAAAUCUUUCGAUAUCAAAAGAACUCAAAAAAAGAAAAAAACAAAAGAAACAAAAAAAAAAAGAAAAAGAAAGAAA